AUGUCCGUCCAGGAUAUGAUGCAGAUAUCGUUAUCUGGGAUGAUCACCCGCUCCCAGUUGGUGCAACCCCAACUGAGGUAUUCGUUGAUGGUCGGCCUGUUGAACGAUGAGAAUUUUCGCGAAUGGACUAAUGGAACACCUGGUUUUGGAAAGCCACAGACUCCCCAAAUCCGACCAUCUCUCGAAAGAGGUCAGAAAGAAGAUAUCUGUACCGAGAUUCAGCACAUCGGUUCACGGAUUCUCUUUACUGGCAUUCAAAAGUUCUUGGUUGAUACACACAGUCCAUUUACUAACAUCGUCAUGCUGGCUAAGGAUGGUCAAGUGAAGUGCCUUGAUAAGAGGUCCUCAUGUCUCUCCGGCGAAAUUCAGGAAAAUACCGCACAUAUCGCUUUGAAGAACGGUUAUGUCCUGCCUGGCCUUGUAGCCUUCGGCAACAAAACGAGCCUCAAAUCUACAACAGCUACUGAACCUGACAUGUGUAGUCCAACAGCAUCGAACUGGCAAACAUAG